UUGAAAAUAGUUGCCUUUUGUCUGGGCACACUGCCUCACAUACAGUUUUUGAUAAACUCUCCCUCUGUAAAUGGCCGGGCUGAUUUUGCAACCUCUUCUGCCACAAUAAAACUAGCCUUGACAGCAGCCUCGCUUUGUGAUUUGGCUUUUGUGAAGAGAGCCUGCCGGGACUUAAGACCUCGUUUUAAUUCUUCCACCUCCUGUAGCCUUUGUUCCGUGUCCAUAUUCUUGUCUUUGUCUGUGGAUUUCUUAGACGUUUCGUGGUGCCUUCUUAGAUUAUAUUCUUUCAUUACAGCCAAACUUUCUCCACACAGAAGACACACAGGUUUGCCUUUUACCGCCGUGAACAUGUACUCUGCCUCCCACCUGGCUUGAAACCCCCUGUUCUCAGCAUCCACCUUCCGUUUAGCCAUUUUUAGGGAGGGGGGUAGCUGGAUGUUGACAUCUGCUCUGACUGCUGAUGAAUAAUGAAGCCAAGGCCUGCUUGAGUUCGCGGGCUACCGUUGCAUUGUGGGGAAUGUAGUAUUGGUGCGUGCAAAACACCAGCGGGCGGCUGCGGCCUGCGGGCCGGUUCUAAUACUAAUUAAAUAUCAUCCCGGGGGCCAUAGAUAAUUCAUUCACGGGCCGGAUCUGGCCUGCGGGCCUUGACUUUGACAUAUGUGAUAUAAACCCUGUAUCCUGUUUUGUAACCUUAAACAUUUAAGAGUUUUCAGCAGCAAACCCCUUAAUAUUUGAGAACAGUUCUGUAGUUAAAGUUUUAAGUUAACAGACCAGCAGCAGCUCUUCUUGCCAGCUUUUUAGAUGUUUCUGACUUUGGUUUGUGUUGGUGACAUGAAGGCAGGCUGCAGCCAGCAGGAGGCGCCGCUGCAGAGGAGAUUAGCUCACCAGUUUAAGGCUUUUUUCAGCUGCUUCCUGUCAUGUGACCUGCAGGUGGACGGUCGUGGCCGAGAUGAGCGCCAGCCGCAGCGCCGCCGGAGUGACGGUGUUUGACGGGAGGAUCUUCGUGUCCGGAGGCCACGACGGUCUGCAGAUCUUCAACACGGUGGAGUACUACAACCACCACACCAACCGCUGGCACCCGGCGGCGCCGAUGCUCAACAAGCGCUGUCGUCAUGGCGCAGCGUCGCUGGGCAGCCACAUGUACGUGGCGGGGGGCUACGACGGCUCAGGCUUCCUGAGCGGCGCCGAGGUGUUUAGCUCCGCCUCCGGCCAGUGGAGCCUCCUAGUGGCCAUGAACACACGGCGCAGUCGGGUGUCGCUGGUGUCCACGUCGGGGCGUCUGUACGCAGUGGGCGGCUACGACGGACAGUCCAACCUCAGCUCGGUGGAGAUGUACAACCCCGACACCAACCGCUGGACCUUCAUGGCCCCCAUGGUCUGCCACGAGGGCGGCGUGGGCGUUGGCUGCAUCCCGCUGCAGCCCGCCUAAACUGGCCAAUCACGGCCGAGGAUCAACGUCUUACUGACACCAGUGGGCAGGGGGCAGCGCCCCCCACGGCAUCCACUGAGCUUUAUCGGUACGACGGCCUGGCUUGGACCUGCACACUGACACUGGGCUGCGGGAUGCUGGGAAACUGUAGGCCGGCCCACCCAGGCUAGCUGUUAGCAUUGUGCUGUUAGUGGUGGACUGAUCCACGUCCAGGAUUUUCUACCUGAUCAAACCAACAAAGCUGCUGACUUAAAGACGAUGACCACUCUGAUCGGUUUUCUGGGACCGUUUUAUCGAUACGCAGCACUGCAGACACCCGAAGAAGACGUCACAGCUGAGAGCAGUGCAGCAGCGCCUCCUGCAGGCCGCACAGCUUCGUACACCUGCUCAGUCAGAGUUGUCCUGUAGGAGGCGCUGCAGGAAGCUGCAUUCACCUGUGGAGUCCACAGUUUCACCGUUGGAGUUCCACGUUUGGUUCAAGGUCCUUUUAAAACAUGAAGAAGAAGAAAGCUCCAGAUGAGAUGUUAGUUUUCAUGAACUCUUUAUGUGGCUCAGAUAAUAUUGAGACCGUUUCAAAGGGCAGCAAACAGAACAAAAAAAAAUGUUUUAACAGGAAAAAAAACUGAACUGUUUAGAGAGAAUGGAGCAUUUUGGGAGGAAUGAACCUUUAAAACCUUUAAGUUCCUCACUUUAGAUCAUAUGGAUGGAUGAUGAUGGAUGAUGAUGAUGGAUGGAUGAUUCAAUUCAAUUUUAUUUAUAUAGCGCCAAUUACAGUCAAAUUGUCUCGAGACGCUUUACAGAACCCAUAUGCCUGAACCCCCAGAGCAGCCCUAAGGAGACAGUGGCAGGAAAACACCCUUUUAACAGGAAAAAAACCUCGAGCAGAACCCGGCUCUAAUGUGGGGGAACCAUCUGCUGCUGGCUGGGUGGGUUGAGAGGGACAGAAGAGGUAGAGAGGUAGAGGUAGAGAUAGAGGGGUGGGGUGGGGGGCAAGGACCAUAAAACACACAAUUUGAUACAUGCAUGAUAAGACAAAUGAUACAUGCAAAGUACAAC